GGAGGCGGGGCGGGAGGCGCUGUCAGAGCCGUGGCUGCACCGGCGCAUCAGCCACCGCCACCGCUGCCGAGGGGACUGCGCGCUGGCCCGGUCGGCUCGGCUCCGGCCGCGCGCCCGGCCACCCCGCGCUUCCCCCUCCGUCCCCUGGGCCUCCGCUCCGUUCCCCUCCACUCUCCUCCCCACCUCUGUCUCCGGUUCCCCGCCCCCCACCGCGCCUCCCUGCCUGCGCCCUCCCGCGCGCUCCCAGGCUCCGGCCGCCGCCUCGCUGAGCCCAGAAGGAGCCGGGCCGGGGCGGCGGGACUAGAGCCGGGCUGCAGGCGAGCGCGCGGACCCUGAGGCUAUGAAGUGGCCCCCGGGGGCCCGAAGCGCGAGUGCUCCCGGAGAGGGAGGAGCGCGCGGCCCAAGGCAGCAGCCUGAGGGCGCCGGGGCCGGGGCGUAGGGGCCGCCGCCCGGGAUGGAACGCGCCGGGGACGAUCCCGACUCGUCGCCGCAGGUGUCCAUCUCUGAGGGUUCCUGACCUCACCCCUGGACAACCGCCCCUUCUCAGGCUCCUGUCAGGCUGGACUCUGCAAACCUGCUUCCGCAAUGGGUGGGUUGUGAGUGCUGGUAAGACCUGCUAGCCAGCGUUCGGCUUCUCUGUUCUCUCCAUGCCUGGCCGGCCAGCCCAUGCCUUUUCUUUUCUCCCCUGUGCUGCCGCUGCCCUGUGGCCACCCCUCUCCUGACCUUACCACCACUCAGGUAAUGAGGAGCUGUGGGCGCAGCCAGCUUUGGAGAUGCCGAAAAGACGGGACAUCCUUGCAAUCGUCCUCAUCGUGCUGCCCUGGACUCUGCUUAUCACCGUCUGGCACCAGAGCACCCUUGCACCUCUGCUCGCUGUGCACAAGGGAAAGAAAGAGCUGAGCGAACCUCUGAGCAGGCUUGGAAGUGGACAGUUUGAAUAAUUUCAGUGUGUUCUAAGAUAUGACAGAUGAGGGCAGUGAUCCACGACGGGAUGCGGUGCCAGGCGCAGACUCAAGGGAGUACUGCAUGUCCGACCGUGACAUCGUGGAGGUGGUGCGCACCGAAUACGUAUACACUAGGCCCCCGCCAUGGUCCGACACACUACCCACCAUCCACGUCGUGACGCCCACCUACAGCCGCCCAGUUCAAAAGGCCGAGCUGACACGCAUGGCCAACACGCUGCUGCAUGUUCCCAACCUGCAUUGGCUAGUGGUGGAGGAUGCGCCUCGUCGUACGCCGCUUACUGCGCGCCUGCUGCGCGACACGGGCCUCAAUUACACUCACCUGCACGUGGAGACACCCCGCAACUACAAGUUGCGAGGGGAUGCCCGUGACCCGCGCAUCCCACGGGGCACCAUGCAGCGCAACCUGGCCCUACGCUGGCUGCGAGAGACUUUCCCGCGUAACUCCACCCAGCCUGGUGUGGUGUACUUCGCUGACGACGACAAUACCUACAGUCUGGAGCUCUUUGAGGAGAUGCGCAGCACCAGGAGGGUAUCCGUGUGGCCUGUGGCCUUCGUUGGCGGCCUUCGUUAUGAGGCCCCACGGGUGAACGGGGCAGGGAAGGUGGUUGGCUGGAAGACAGUGUUCGACCCCCAUCGACCAUUUGCAAUAGACAUGGCUGGAUUUGCUGUCAACCUGCGGCUCAUUCUACAGAGAAGCCAGGCUUACUUCAAGCUGCGUGGCGUGAAGGGAGGCUACCAGGAAAGCAGUCUCCUUCGAGAACUUGUGACCCUCAAUGAUCUGGAGCCCAAGGCAUCCAACUGUACCAAGAUCCUGGUUUGGCACACACGAACAGAGAAACCAGUCUUGGUGAAUGAGGGGAAGAAGGGCUUCACUGACCCCUCGGUGGAGAUCUAAGCCUCAGGAUGAAGGAGCCUCCUUCUCAGACCCUGUUCUUGGCCUUCCAUCCUCUCCCCACAGCUGAUGGUCCCUCCACAGCAGACUCCUAAGGAACCACCAUCACCUCCUUUCUAUUGUGGGGGCUUUCAAGAGAGCCCAGCUUGAUGACAGGACAAAGGACAGAAUUUAAGCACAGAAAUCCCAGACCUGUUUUUCUCUCCAUCCAGCAUGACCAGGGAGCCUGAAAGACCUGAGGGUGAGGGGGUCUGGUUGCCAGCAAAGCCAGUGCUCAGCUCACCUCUACACAAGCAAGUGCUAUGGGCACACAUGCCUGCCCUGGAAUGAUGCUGGGGCUGGGAGGGAAGUGAGAAGACCUUGCAGUCAAGUGGAGCAUGGCCAUCUCUGGCUCCCUGCUCCUGGGCCCAGCAUGACCACACAGGAUGCCCAGCAGGGAAUUCUGAAGACAGAGAGCAACCCCAAGCAUCAUGAAUGCCCUACUCCUUGGCAUCUGCUCGUCCUGAGCACUGCUCCCAAAUCAGACAUACCUCUGGCUCUCCUCUGGUUCAUGUUUACAGAGCAUAAUAAGGCUGUCUUCUAUCUCAACAGGUGCCCGGCCCUGCGUGGGGGGAGCAUGAACCUGUCAAUGGAUCCCCCCUGUACCUCAGGCUGUGGUGGGAAUGGACUCCCCUCCUCUUGUCCACUUUCCCCAAGCCUUCUCCUCCAGCACUGGCAAGGAGGUGGGCCUAGAGCCAGCACAGGUCACUGACUGACCUGGACCAAGAACCACAUGACCCCCACUGUCCACACACUGCCUCCCCACCCUGCCCUGCCCCUUGCCUGGCCUGGGCUGGGGAGGGGAGAAAACCUCUUCCUGUGGCUACUGAAAACUGCAGGCCUCAGGGCUGGAGUGAGCAGUGGUGGGUGAGGCAGACAGCUUCUCCAGCCUGGAGAGUAGGGGGAUCCAGGGAAGUCGCCAAUUCCUUCCUGCUCCUCUUUUGAGGGAUGGGAAAUUGGAUUGGAGAGAUUUAGGGAAGAGGGGCAGGGAUCAGUUGGACACUAAGAGGAAAGGAGACCUGAGUGCACACUGCUUUGGAAAUCAUUAUAAUUUUAAAUAAAAAAGGGGAAAGAAAAUCUCACUUCUCUUGAAGCUGAGAGCAUGCAGAGCCAGCCCACCUCAUGUCCAGCUGCCCUGCUCUCCACUCCAGAGAGAGAAAAGAGCUGCAAACUGUUGUCUCCACCCAAGAAGUAGUGGCCCCCUGGGUCUCCCAGGCCUCUGGAGAGGUCCCUGGCAUUCUGACCAGGAUGGCCCCUCUGGUGUUAAUCUCAUGCUCCUGAAAGUUGGAAGCACAAUUUUCUUCCCAAGUGGAGGAAAAGGAAAGGGCCUGUGCCUACUGAAGAGGUGUUUAUUUUUUAACUGCUAACAACCCCUCCCCUCACUCCAUUAAAAUUCAUAGGACAGGUCUGAGGGCCAUGCAGAACCUACUCCUCCAUGGGUGGGUGGGACUCAGUCCAGAGACCUAACAUUCAGAGUAUAGCUUUGGCUGCCUAUUUUGAAAUGAAUAUAACUUCCCACUGUAUUCAUGAAACCAUCUGAUGGAAUCAGAUCCCUGAACCACCUUGCAGGAUAUUUUCCCCAACCUCUUACACUUUGGAUGUUGCUUUGGAAACUGAACCCUUGGCAUCAAGUGUGAUGGCAUGGGACAGAGGAAGGAGGUGGGCACAGGGCAUCCAUAGAUAAUUGAAUUUAUGUCUGGGCACUCUACUGCCUCAUGAAAACUAGCCCUGAAUAUCAAGGUCAAAUUGACUGGUAUGAGGCCACCUUCUUAGCCAAAAUCCUAGGGCUUAUUUUCAGGAAAUUAAUAAUGAACAACAAAAUGAGGAUUUUUUUUUUUUUUUUUGGCAGAUUGUUAGUUCAGUUGUUUUCACCUAAUAUCCUCUCUUAGCUGCAUGUAUAUUUAUUUAUAAUUAUAACCCUGGUGGACUGCAGCCUUCAUCUUUGUUGGGAAUGAGUUUGUUAGAAGUCAGAAUUGGGACCAUGAUGACAAUUUGUUUUCCAAACCCAUUCUGUUCCCUGCUCCAAUGCUGGCAAACCCCACCAUAAAGAAGUGAAGCCAGGGGUUAGGAGUUUCCAGGGCAGUGGCUGGGGUGAGGGGGAGCCCAGGCAGCUGCACCAUCUGAUCUCUUUUAAUUUAACUGUAUUUAAUUUGUUUUCAAAAUUAAAAGUCAAAUAUGGUUUUUAACAGUC